GUUAUUAAUAUGGCUGAAGAGUACGACGAAGAAUUUGGAGAGCUUGGAUUAGUGAUUGGCGAUUUGAACAUCCCAUCAAGGGCUUCUGAUCUACCUCCUCAAUUUAAGGACCUUUUAGUUCCUAAUAAAGUUUAAUAUGUAUUCUGCACAGGAAAUGUCGGGAAUAGAGAAACCACAGAUUGGUUGAAGACACUAUCUGGAAAUACUCAUUUCGUAAAAGGCGAUUUCGAUGAAGCAAAAGAUAUACCUGAAACAAAGAUCAUAUAGAUUGGAGCAUGGAAAUUGGCUUUAGUGCAUGGUCAUCAAAUUAUCCCUGCUGGAGAUGAUGAGUCUUUGUAUACAUUUUUGAAAGAGAUGGAAGCCGAUGUGCUUAUUACAGGUUAUACAGGUGUUGCUAAGGUUUCAGCAGUUGAAAAGAAAUAUAUUAUUAAUCCUGGAUCGGUUACAGGUGGUUUCAAUGGUUAAUAAUCAUCAAUUCCAUCCUUUUUAAUAUUGGAAUUUAAAAAGGAAAAAAUUUAAGUAUUUAUUUACACCCUUGACGGAGAUGUUAAAAUAGAUAAGCAAGAGUUGCCAUUAUAGAAAUGA